CUUGGAAUUUUUGUGAGAAAAUGAGGUCUAGAACACAAUAUCCGCUAAACACUAAGCAUAUUGUCAUCAGCAUCAUUGUGGUGUUCUUUCUCCUCUUUGUAUUUAAAUCAAGUUUUACUUCUUCUAAUGACCAAACUUCAUCCCCUAUCCACACACAAAGGGUAACAAAAUGCUCACCAACAUGCACCAAAAUCCCAACUUCCUUAGCACAAGCGUUGGUCCACUACUCAACCUCUACCAUAACUCCACAACAAACUAGCAAAGAAGUAUCGGUCACUAAAAAGAUUUUAGACAAAAAAUCACCUUGCAAUUUUUUAGUUUUUGGUCUUGGUCAUGAUAGCCUAAUGUGGAGUACCCUAAACUUUAAUGGACGUACGGUAUUCUUAGAAGAAGAUAAGGCGUGGAUCGAGCAAAUUAGUAAAAGGUUUCCCAUGUUGGAGUCUUACCAUGUAACGUAUGAUAGUAAGGUGAAUCAAGCGGAUAGUCUUAUGGAAGCAGGAAAAGGGUCAGAGUGCACGGCGGUUGGUGAAACUAGGCACUCAAUAUGCCAACUGGCACUCAAGGGGUUGCCUAGUGAAAUUUACGACACAACAUGGGAUUUGAUAAUGGUGGAUGCACCCACGGGGUAUUAUGAUGAGGCACCUGGACGGAUGAGUGCCAUUUAUACGGCAGGGAUGAUGGCGAGAAACAGAGAAGAGGGAGAGACUGAUGUGUUUGUGCAUGAUGUGAAUAGGGUGGUUGAAGACAAGUUUUCUAAUGCAUUUUUAUGUGAAGGUUAUAUGAAGAAACAAGAAGGAAGGUUAAGGCAUUUCAGGAUUCCUAGCCACAAAGAUGACCCUAACAAGCCCUUUUGUCCUUGAAGUUCAACUAACUCUAUAUUUGAUUUUAAAAUAUCGAAUUUUCAUGGUUCCUAAAAUAUGUUGAAAUUCUUUUUUCUUUUCUAGCUUGUAAAAUAAACGAGAAAACAGUAAGAGUACUA